AGAUGAAAGACAGUGAUGCCAUGCAAUUAUUGAAAAUUCUUCACCCCCGUCAAAAUUUGAAGGCACUAGCAAUAAUCGCAUACUCGGGGGCAUGCCUUUCUAAUUGGCUUUGGUCAUGUGCAAAUCUUGUUGAGUUACAGUUCUUUGGCAUGAAAAAUAUUCAAUGCUUGGCAGCAUUGGAAGGAUUUGUUUCUCUCAAGACUCUUUAUAUAGCAUCGAUGCCUAAAUUGGAUUACAUAGACUAUAAAGGGUGUUCCUCAUCAACUAACUUCUUCCCAUCUUUGAAGGAAUUAAUAAUUUUGAAGUGUGGAAGGUUGAGGGGAUGGCAAAGGGAGGCAAAUGUCCAAAAUACUAGAAAUAAUGAGUGGCAUCAUUCAUUGCCUCCAUUUUCACAUCUUUUAUCAUUACAAAUUCAUGAUUGCCCAAACUUAAGCUGCAUGCCUCUUUUUCCAAAUCUUGUGACAUAUUUGAGAUUAACUGACUCUAGCAUAAAGCCAUUGGCCGACACAUUAAGUGUGAGCUCAAUUGGGGCCUCAACAUCACAUGAUAUGACUCCACCUCUUUCCAUGCUCAAGUCUCUUUACAUUGGAGGGAUAGACAUAGAUGCAUUACCAGAGAAAUGGAUGCAAAAUCUCUCCUCUCUUAAAUAUCUCUCUAUUACAGGAUUUUCAAGUCUAGGGAAACCAUUUCGUCACAUGCGAAAUCUAUCUGCCACACUCAAAGAAUUGACUAUUGGCGAAUUUCAGGAUUAUAACCUACAGUGCCAAGACCUUUGUUGCCUACAUUCUCUCCAAACAAUCAAAUUUUCUUUUUGUGAACACCUCAGGGCUUCACCAGAGUGGAUUUGUGAUCUCCAGUCACUGCCAACUGUGCACAUUGUGAGUCGUGUAAGAGUGAAGUAG